AUGUAUGUGCAAACAGGGACUCCAUUAUGGCUUUUAUUACACAUCGCUCCCAUCAAAAACGAAAAGGAUAUUGUGGUCCUCUUUUUGCUCACAUUUCGCGACAUAACAGCCCUGAAGCAGCCCAUCGAGGAGGACGCGGCCAAAGGGCUCUCCAAAUUCGCACGACUCGCACGAUCUGUCACCAGAAGUCGGUCUGUUUUAGCGCAACAGUUCUCAUCACACCUUCCAAUCAUCAAAUCCGAGUCCACCAAACAGUCGAGUCUCGGACAUUUAAUGAGCCUCAAUGCAGAUGUAUUGCCCCAAUACCGUCAGGAAGCGCCCAAAACACCGCCACAUAUUCUGCUCCACUAUUGCGCCUUCAAAGCUAUUUGGGAUUGGGUGAUCCUAUGUCUGACUUUCUACACGGCUAUAAUGGUUCCCUAUAACGUCGCCUUCAAGAAUAAAACCUCCGAAGACGUCACUCUUCUGGUGCUCGACAGUAUAGUAGAUGUGAUAUUCUUUAUCGAUAUUGUGCUCAACUUUCACACAACAUUUGUGGGCCCGGGAGGAGAGGUAGUGUCAGAUCCGAAGAUAAUUAGAAUGAAUUACUUGAGGAGUUGGUUCAUCAUUGAUCUGCUGUCGUGUCUACCCUACGAUAUAUUCAAUGCCUUCGAUCACACCGAUAAUCAAGGCAUCGGUAGUCUAUUCAGUGCUUUAAAGGUUGUGCGUCUCCUCCGACUGGGAAGAGUAGUGCGAAAACUUGAUCGAUAUCUUGAAUACGGUGCUGCAAUGCUGAUCCUUUUGUUAUGUUUUUAUAUGCUUGUGGCCCAUUGGUUGGCCUGUAUAUGGUAUAGCAUAGGCCGCAGUGAUUCCGAAAAUUAUCUCACAUAUAGCUGGCUCUGGAAACUGGGAAACGUUACCCAGUUCCCUUUCCACUUACGACCGAACAAUUCAUCGCAACGAAUAGAACUGGAAGGCGGGCCGGAAAGGCAGACAAUGUAUAUAACGUCGCUUUACUUCACAAUGACUUGUAUGACAAGCGUUGGCUUCGGUAAUGUGGCGCCAGAAACGGACAACGAGAAGGUGUUCACCAUUUGCAUGAUGGUUAUUGGAGCCCUGUUAUACGCGACAAUAUUCGGUCACGUGACGACAAUCAUCCAGCAGAUGACGAGCGCGACCGCCAAAUACCACGAUAUGCUGAAUAAUGUGCGAGAAUUCAUGAAAUUACAUGAACUGCCAAAGGCUUUGUCGGAAAGGGUCAUGGAUUAUGUCGUCAGCACGUGGGCUAUGAGUAAAGGCAUCGACACGAAGAAAGUGUUGAGCUAUUGUCCCAAAGACAUGACGGCUGACAUAUGCGUGCAUUUGAAUCGCAAAGUCUUCAACGAGCACCCGGCCUUCAGACUCGCCUCCGAUGGCUGUCUCCGGGCGAUGGCCAUGUACUUCAGUAUGGAUCACAGCGCACCGGGAGAUCUGCUCUAUCACGUCGGAGAGUCCAUCGAUUCCUUGUGUUUCGUGAUCUCGGGUUCUCUCGAAGUCAUACAAGACGAUGAAGUGGUGGCCAUAUUAGGAAAGGGAGACGUUUUCGGUGAUGCCUUCUGGAAGGAGCCCACUAUUGGCCAGUCGUGUGCCAAUGUGCGGGCCCUCACAUAUUGCGAUUUACACGCAAUUAAAAGGGAUAAACUCAUUGAAGUGCUUAACUUUUAUCAGGCGUUCGCCAAUUCAUUCGCCAGAAAUCUAGUUCUCACUUACAAUCUCAGACAUAGGUUAAUAUUUAGAAAAGUGGCGGACAUUAAAAGGGAACAGGAGUUGGCGGAGCGGCGAAAAAAUGAUCCCGUGCCAGACAUCGCUCAGGAUCAUUUAGUUAGAAAGAUAUUCUCAAAGUUCCGCAAACCGUCAGACAGUGGUGUUCCACAAGGGGGCAGUCGUCCCGGUUCUAGUCUGACACACACUCCGGCCAUUAUGGACAUAGAGAGGGGGGAAAUGCCUCAACCCUUACAAACGCACGAAACGCCGAAACCCAAGCUUCCGAUCGGUUCGGAGCCGGAGUCGAGGACCAGCACCGGUGGCAGUCGGGGCUCCAAAUGGGCCUCAGCCCUGGCCAACGCCACUCAUAAUAAUAACAAUGUGGGCACCGGUGGGGGCGCACAACCACAAGCUCAGACUAUUCCCACGAGUGAAACCAUACCACGACAGCACAGGGAUGUCGUAAAGACUGACACGUUAUUAGAUAAUGAAAUAAUAGACAAACAGAUGUCCGAUAGAGACGAUCAAAACUUAGGAGCCGUUCGACGAACAGAAUUAGUUUGUAAAAAGUCUGAACACAUCCACGUUGUGAAAGACAUACGACCGCCCACUCAGGGCAACAAAUGGCCGCGAGUUGCGACCGGUGGCAGUGUCCGACCCGAGACCAUCGAGGAGUCGACUGAACCCCAGGACAGUGAAGGCAAACGAGCGGCUCAGCCGCCGGUCGACAGCGAGACUCACGUCAAGUCAGUGAGUGAUCCGAAACCGAUUCAACCGAAAAGCAUCAAUAGUUCCGAUUAUCAACAGAUCAUCGCAUCGCUCAUUGAUAUGAGGGUUGACCUGAAGCUGGAAAUACAAAAGUUAAGUAAUAAAGUGAGUAAAAUAGACGAACACAUCUCAGAUAUAGUGAGAAAACUUUCGGCCUUUAAUCUCAAAACUGAUGACAAUUCAAUGUUGAGCACCGGUAGUACCGGUGACAACAAAGCGACAAAACCAGUGUCUGUGAUCUCUACUAAAAACAAUGACUUCUUCGAUGAAAACGACGAAAACCGCUUACAAGAGGAGAGUAAUGCCAGGAAUAGGAGUGACUUAACGAGAGAGGCAAGGGAUGUGAAGGAUAGUAAAAGUGCCGAUAAAAGUGGUCAUCGAGUAGUGUCUUCUCAACGACCCAUUCCGUCAGUGCCCUCGAGAACUAUUAACUCAAGUAGUCAUAGAAAGUCAGAUAAGUUAGCGAAACAAGUGUCCGAUAACUCCACAGAAACCGACGAAAUGCGAGCGAUGUUAGAGAACGAGAUCGCAGAGCAAGACAUCGACAACACUGAUGAGGACCAGGACCUCACUUCCAAACUAUAGACACCCACCCGUUCACCACCACCUCCUCUACCAUAUGAUUAUUUACUCAUUACUACAAUAAACUCACAAAUUAUUACAGUAUUCUAACAAAUGAC